AUGAUGGUUAACCCUAACCCUAAUCCUACUCCGGAAGAGGAAAAGAACCUCAAAGAGGAGCUGCUGGGUCCCAUCUUACUGGGAGAGCGCGUACUAAAACUGGCUCAGGAGGCGGAGUCGUCCAAGGUGGACUGCACGGACCUGGCGCGGAAGGUGCAGCUUGUGUGCGACAACCUGCGCUCCGUUGUGCGCGUCGUGUCGGGGGCGCAGUGCGUGAACGAGCGCCCCAUACGCCGCAUCGUCGGCGAGGUCUCCAAAAACCUAGAGCGCACGUUAGCGUUUGUGCGCAAGUGCAAGAAGCACGGCGGUGUCCUCCGCCAGGUCUUCUCCAUGACCACCACCGCCGACUUCCGGAAGGUCUGGAACCUUCUGGAAUCUUCCAACGGUGACAUGGUGUGGCUCCUCACCAUCUUGGAUUCAAAGGAGGGCACCAAUGUCUCCCUCCCCCCCAUCGCCAGCAACGACCCCAUCCUUGCAUGGGUCUGGACCCUCACCUACACUCUCCAAUUGGGUCAGCCCAAGGACCGCGCUGAAGCCGCCACUGAACUUGGCUCCCUCGCCAGAGACAACGACCGUACAAAAUUCAUCAUCUUGGAGGAAGGUGGAGUUCCCCCCCUCCUCAAGCUUCUCAAGGAAGCUUCUUCCCCCGAUGCUCAGGUUGCUGCUGCCAAUGCCCUUGUCAACAUUGCAACUAAUCAAGACAGGGUCGUUAGUUUCAUCCUAGAGUCCCAUGCUGUCCCGACUAUUGUUCAGGUCCUUGGUGAUUCCCCUAUGAGGGUUCGUGUCUCUGUUGCUAAUUUGAUCUCUGCUAUGGCUGAGCAACAUGAACCUGCUCGCGAGGAGUUCGUGAGGGCCAAUGUGACUAGGCCCCUUGUGUCUUUGUUGUCCAUGGAUACUGUCCUUGCUGACCCCAUGGCCGGUCGAGCUAGCAUCCAUUCGCUUGUUCUGAAUUUGUCCAACGUUGGUGAAGCGAAUUUGGAUGGGAGUAGCCGCGGCUCCAGUCACCAUCGGAGGGAAAGAGAAAGAGAGGUUGAGAGCUCGGAGUUGAGGAAUGACGUCAAAAUCAGCUGUGCUAUGGCUCUUUGGAAACUCUCCAAAGGGUGUCUUUCAAGUUGCAAGAAGAUUACAGAGACUAAAGGUUUGCUUUGUCUUGCUAAGAUUAUAGAGUCUGAGAGUGGAGAAUUGCAGCACAAUUGUCUUAUGGCUGUCAUGGAGAUUGCUGCUGUGGCAGAGUUCAAUGCUGAUCUUAGAAGAGGUGCUUUCAAGCGAACUGCGCUGGCAGCAAAGGCAGUUUUGGAUCAGCUUCUGAGGGUGGUUGAGGAAGAGAAUGAUCCGGCAUUGCGGAUUCCUGCCAUUAAGGCAAUUGGGUCCUUGGCCAGAAACUUCUCUGGAAAGGUUCCGCAAGUUCUUGGUCCUUUAGUUUCUCAGCUUGGUAACAGAGAUGUUGAUGUAGCCAGUGAGGCUGCCAUUGCUUUGGGGAAGUUUGUCAGCCAGGACAACUACAAUCGUAUUGACCAUUCUAAGGCAAUACUUGAGCUUGACGGGGUUCCAAAGCUAAUGAGCCUGCUGCAGAUAAAUGAUCGCCAACAAGUUCAUGGCCUGAUAUUACUUUGUUACCUUGCCUUAAAUGUAGGUAACAGUAAGGUCCUUGAGCAAGAACGUGCCUUGAGUACCUUAGAGAGGUUUACUCGGCCUGUUCAAACACAAUAUCCUGAUUUGAAGGAUCUUUUUGCAAAGGCCAUACAUCAACUCACUCUUUAUCAGCCAGGAGCUCAAUUGCACAGACAGCCCUUGGGGCUGUAA